CAGCUUUCCCACACUUCUUUCCUAAUUAUUGUCCUGCAGGACAGCUGAUCUAUUUCAAACAGGAAGCUGUUUACAGAUAACACUUGCAACUGUUUUGUCUGAUUUGUUGAACUGUCCAAAAAACAAAAGACAACCUCUUUUCAAAUUAAAAACUGUCAGACUUCUGUAAACAGCAGCAAUGAGGUUCAUCUGUGCAGUGUCCCUGCAGGCACAGAGCGUUCGGCAGUUCCCAUUUUCUCAGCAACCAUAAGGAGUCAGUGACCUGCAAGUGCUCAUUAUGAAGAGAGAUCUGGUUUUCUUGGUGACUCUAAUUAGCCUUGUCUUCCUGUCACUGCUAAGGUCUGGAUAUACUCAACAUAUUGCAGAGGAGUCCUGCUCUGUUCAAAUUCUUGUUCCAGGCCUCAAAGGGGAGGCUGGAGAAAAGGGGGAGAAAGGUGCUCCGGGUCGUCCGGGCAGAGUUGGGCCUCCGGGAGAAAAAGGAGAAAUGGGGGACAAAGGGCAGAAAGGCAGCAUGGGACGGCAUGGAAAAAUUGGUCCUAUUGGUUCAAAAGGUGAAAAAGGAGAUAACGGUGACAUAGGACCACCAGGUCCUAAUGGUGACCCAGGCAUCCCCUGUGAGUGCAGCCAGCUAAGGAAGGCUAUUGGUGAAAUGGAUAUCCAAGUGGCCCAUCUGACAACGGAACUCAAAUUCAUAAAAAAUGCACUGCCCUCCCCCGCAGCUGUUGCUGGUGUGCGUGAGACGGAUAAUAAGAUAUAUCUGCUGGUGAAGGAAGAGAAAAGAUACAAGGAAGCCCAGCUCUACUGCCACGGAAGAGGAGGGACGCUGAGCAUGCCCAAGGAUGAGACCGCCAACAAUCUGAUCGCCUCAUACAUCAACCAAGCCGGGCUCACUAGGGUUUUCAUUGGGAUUAACGACCUAGAGAAAGAGGGAAAUUUUGUCUAUUCUGACCGAUCGCCCAUGCAGACCUUCAACAAAUGGCGCAGUGGGGAGCCCAACAAUGCCUAUGACGAAGAGGACUGUGUGGAGAUGGUGGCGUCUGGAGGGUGGAAUGAUGUUGCAUGUCAUAUCACCAUGUAUUUUGUGUGUGAAUUCGACAAGGAAAAUGUCUAAGUUGGUCUGCUCGUUCUUUAUUUUAAGAAAAGGUUUUAAGCUGAUUAUAUAAGUUACCCUAUGUUUAUAGAGUACAAGUGAUAUUUUGCAAGUAUGUGGCAUCAGUGUUGUACAGCUGUAAAUACAAUUUAGGUAUUUCAAAUAUCAGUAUUUACCCUUCAGAAGGGAAGAGCAGUGAUAAGACAUAGCUUGGUUUUUUUUCUGUAGGAAAAACAUAUAUUUAGAUAAAAAUGUGGUUUGGGGCUAAAUUCUACCCUCAGAAGAGUUAACAAAUGCAAUUGCAUGACUGUAAUGGAAGGCAGAAUUUGGCCUCUAGUUUUUAGAACUAUUAUUUCUGAAGAAGUCAAUUCCUGAUAUUCUUUUAUCUUAGCAAAAUUUGUAGUUAUAAAUGUUAAUUGCUUGUAGUGCUACAGGGAUAUUUCAGCAACAAGACAAAUAUUUUGUAUACUCCAGUUAAUAAGUACAAGUAUUACUGUAAGUUUUUUGGAUGUGGAAGGCAUUACAACUAUUUUUUUGAAAAAUAGCCAAAGCAAACCAACAAAUCGGGAGUCCUACCAAUUUUGUAAUGUUUCUUUAUUAAAUUCUCCACAGAUGUAUGACAAGGGGGCACUUAAGUAAACUGAGUUUUAGUGCUGAGGGAGAACAAAGUUCUUUUAAUUUAGUCCUGAAAGAGGGAUCCCAGCAAGAUGGGUGUUUUGUCCUUGGCUAAAGGUAAAGUAAGAUUUCAGUUUUCUGCAUUCUUUAGUUGAGAAUGAUUCAGUGCAUGAACUAUUUCAGGCCCCAAUGAUUUCUUAAAGUAAACAUAUUUCACUUUUGUAUAAGUUGAUCUUGGUGCAUCUUGUUACAAAAGAAACAGAAGGCCAGCACUCCACAAUUUAAAGCAGAUUUCAUAAAUGGACAACAAAUCUCAUAAAAACAGUUUAGCUACUAGUUCCUUUUGGUAGGAAAACAUCUUAUACGUUUACUCAGAUUACAAGGGUGAAUUCCUGAAAAGCAGCAAAAGUUUCCAAAAUUUUCAUGAUUAUGUAUAUUGCAGUAAUAAGUAAUUUUGCAAAAAUAAUGUAUGUACCCAAUUUAUAAUUGCAUGUGAUGAAAAACGUGAUGUAUAUUUAAAAAAACCCAACAACAUAAUUUCACAAAAGAAAUGGUGAAUUACUUUGGAUCUUCCUAGGAGCCAGUUGCAGGACAUCUUGUCUUGCCAUUAGGCAUAGAUAGAUGACUGCAAAGUCUCUGUGUUUUUUCAGGACAGUGUUUUAAGAUGAUUUCUAAGCCGAAAUGAGCCUUUGUGUAUAAUAUUGUAAUCUAAACACAUAUCUGAUCAUUAGGGGAGAUUGAUCUACAGGAUAUCCACAGAGGAUCUGGCAUGUUCUCCCAGAUGUUUCCCUACAGCAAGGCAAGACCAAAUCAUAUUAACUCUGCAGUGCUGUGGUGUAUGAACAAUCAAUGACCUUACAAUUCUGUUCAUAUCCACAGAGUCUGACAAUAUUUUAUGUGAUGCUAUUAUUAUAUACCUUAGAAAACAAUCCAUUUUGCUUGCUAUAUUUACUCUGUGAAUUUGAAUCCAUUAUAUAUAUAUAUGUUUGCUAUUAAUUUUGAAGAUCAGUAGCAAAUUCUAUAGUAUUCUAUAGUAUUUUAAUAUCAGCCCAGCUCCAGAGCAAUCACUCUAAGAAAUGAACGGUUCUUUGAUUGUUUUACUUUUUUCUAAUAAAGGUAGGUAUGAUUCCUAUAUGUUAGAUGUGCUUCCAACUAUACAUUGAAAUCUAUUAAAUAAUGUGAAUAUGGUUCUACACUAAUAUUCAAAAGACUCUUUACAGAAUUUUUAGGGAGCUAACAAUUCCAGGGGAGCAAUUUUUUUGAUAGAAUAACACCUUUUGAAUAUCAUUAUUGGUUUCUGCCUGCUAUAGAAACUCUCAGUUUAAAUCUCCAACAUACUUUUGUCAAAUCAUUGUAGCUAUGUUAAAACAGUCCAAACCUGAGUUACAGGUGUCUGAAGCUCUGUCAUUGUGUAUGUGCUAAAGUUGCUGUUUAUUUUUCACCCAGGUUUUGAAAGUCUCUGUUGUAAUGUUUGAUUUCCUCAGAAACACAAAAAUAGGCCUUUUGAGGAAGUGGGAAGCUUUUUCAGCUGUUAUUUUAUCUGGAAAUCACACCACAUUUAUAAAGAUUGCCUUGAUGUGUAGAGCAUUUAAGCAGUCUCAAUUUCUAUUAAAAUUUAAGAUGAAAAAUAAA